UUGAUCUGUGAUGUUGUUUUGAAUUGUUAGAAGUUGUCUUUUUAUCUAAACAAAAUUGAGAGAAAUCUUAUUAAUAUUACUGCAAUUGUGAAAAUUAUAUAUAAUUCAAAAUAUAUAUUUAAGUGUAAUGGCCUAGGUAUAGUUAAAGGAAAUAAAAAUAUCAUGUCUAUAUCUGAACAAAAUUCGAAUUCUAACCUAUCGUCGCAGGAAAGCACUACGGAAACAGAUAGACCGAAAUUAAAAAUCCUAGCGUUUCAUGGAUACCGACAGAAUGGUGCAGUAUUCAGAGCCAAAAUUGGGUCAUUUCGUAAAGCUGUGUCUAAAUACGCCCAACUUACAUUUAUAACAGCGCCGCAUAAAAUUGUGAAUGAAGACGGCGGGGAAGAUGAUGCUCGUGCAUGGUGGUUCAAUGCUGAAGACAAUACAUUCAGCGGAAAAUGUUUAGGUGGACCCGCCAUAGGGUUUGAGGACACUAUACGGCUGAUUGAGAAGACAGUGGCAGAACAUGGACCUUAUGAUGGGUUUAUGGGGUUCUCCCAGGGAGCAUGCCUUGUUGGCUUACUAGCUGCUAUGCAGCACAAAGGAUAUUUGCCCUUCACAUUCAAGUUUGCAAUAUUUGCAUCUGGAUUUCGUUCGGGUAGCUUAGUUCAUAAAGGAUUCUAUGAUGAAGACAUAAAUUUGCCAUCACUACAUGUUUAUGGGGAGAGUGAUUCAAUUAUACCAAAAGAAAUGAGUGAGUCUUUAAUUAGUCUAUUUUUACAACCUGUGGUAGCUGAACACUCUGGUGGUCACUAUGUGGCCUGCUCUGGUUCCAUCAAGGAUGCUUACUUGGAUUUCCUACAUGAUAGAUAUGAAGAUUUAAGGGAACCUAAUGAAACUGAAAACAAUUCUUAGUAAUAAAUGACAAUAAGUAUGUAAAUAA